AUGUUCUCUGGUGCAGAGUGCUCGACUAGCAAGAACCCCCUCGCCCAGUUUGCAAACAGAGGGAUCAACACCGACACCUCCCUCCACAAGGGCCCGUCGCUCCUUCAUGGGCCCUCCUCCUCCUCCUCCUCCUCCUCCUUCCCUAACCAAAUGGCCCAAGAACGGGCCAUGUCCGCCAACGACGCCACUAAGUUCAACCAGUUCUACCACAGUGAUAAUAACCAUGGCUUAACAACAGAAACAGCAACAUCUCCCAAUGUCAUGGCAAUGCCUUUAAAUAUGCAAUCGAUGAACCGUGAACUUGCCUCGAUCCAACGCUCGAUGAUUGCAGCUGGUGGUGGUGCUUCUAGAUCAAUGACUGGUGCUCCCACCGCCACCACCGCCAGUAAUAACUGGUCUCAAGAAUUCAACUCACCGGGGACUACUAGUGUUACCAUGGCAGCAAAAACCUCGACCAAUGCGGCGAUUUCCCAAAAUUUCUCUGGUCAAGGCCAUUAUCAACCCCGGUUUAUGAAUCAGUUAAUGUUUGCCAAUUCAGCCAUGGCAAGAAUGGAUGUCGGAGGUCAAGCCCCCCAAGUCUCAAAUCAGAAUAUUAAUAUCAAUUGGGAUGAUCAUUUCAAGGACGUGGAGCAGGAAAUCUCCAGCUCCAAAGAAAAAUUGCAAGUCGUCGACGACGAAGAAGAAGAAGAAGAAGAAGAAGUGGUCGAAGAAAUCCUCCUGUCCAAUACCCAGGCUCAAGAAGACGGGAUGUCCGAAACUUUUGAAGAACUUUGGAAUAACAUGAAACAAAAUGACGAUAUUGAUUACGACAAUAUCCAUAAUGGAUUUCUCGGGGGUAAUAGUAAUAGCAGCAUGCAUCCUGGAUUCGACGUUUAUAAAUUUGAAGACACCGAGAAUAACCAAUUCCUUGAUCUUGAUGAUCCAUACCUGAUUGGGCUUCAGUUGAUGGAAAACGGGGCGAAAUUAAGCGAGGCGGCCCUUGCGUUUGAAGCCGCGGUCCAAAAAGAUCCAAAACACAUCGAUGCCUGGUUGAAACUCGGGGAAGUUCAAAGUGCCAACGAGAAGGAAAAACCAGGGAUCAUUGCCUAUAACCAGGUACUCAAAUUGGAUCCUCAUAAUUUGACGGCAUUAAUGAAUUCAGCCAUUGGGUACAUCAAUGAAGGAUACGAUAACCUGGUACUGGAGAACUUGAAACAAUGGAUCUUCACCAAAUACCCUCAAUCGGCAGCGAUUUUCAAACAAAUAGACCAAACUAAAGAAACCGAGAAUUCAGAAACCGGGAUGCAUUUCCAUUACCUUGACAGAUUUGCUUCGUUGACAGAGACAUUUUUGUCGAUUAUUAGGGCCGAUCCCGCGACAGCAGGAAACGACGCUGAUCUUCAAUUAGGAUUGGGGGCGCUUUUCUACGCCACUGGUGAUUUCAAUAAGACCAUUGAUUGUUUCCAAACUGCGUUGAGAAUCCAGCCGAACGAUGAAAUUCUUUGGAAUAGAUUAGGAGCCGCGUUGGCCAAUUCCAACCGGUCAGAAGAAGCGAUCAAUGCGUAUUACCGGGCGUUACAACUUAAACCAAGUUUUGUAAGAGCUCGGUACAAUUUGGGGGUGUCGUGUAUUAAUAUUGGCUGUUAUAAAGAGGCGGCAGAGCAUUUAUUGGCAGGGCUAAGUUUACAUAAAGUUGAAGGAGGGAAAGAUAUCCAAGAUGGAGAGAUAUUUAAUAUCGAUAAUAACCAGAGUAAUAGUUUGCUAGAGAGUUUGAAGAGGGUUUUUCUUUCGAUGGAAAGACAUGAUUUGUUGGAUAAAGUUGAGCCAAAUAUGAAUUUGGAUCAGUUUAGGAAAGAAUUCAAUUUUUGA